CUGGAACGACUACGCUCAGCCCUCGGCGACAGAGUCGCCGGUAUACGCAUCGGUAUCAGCCCGCACACCCCAAUUGCCGAGGUUGUAAAUAUAGUCCAAGAAUACAAGGACAAAGGCAUCGACUGCAUCGUGACACUCGCGGCCGGCAGCCUCACUGAUGGGGCCAAGAUUGUGCGCUUGGCGCUGGCCAAUGGGGCCAGUACGGAGGAAGAUAUCGGGACGCUCUGGGGAACGCAGGAAUCUAACCCAGUCCUGCGGCAGCAUAUCCAGAAGCCGGCCAUUCCCCUCUUUCACAUACCCACCUCGUUAUCCAGAGGAGAGUACCAGGCCAUUGCCGGGGGAACAGAAUCCGUGAGCAAGGCGAAACGAACAUUCCGAUGUGAGGGUGUUGAUCCGGAGCUCUUCAUCCAAGACCCAGAGCUGUGUCUCACGACACCUCAGUGGGUGUGGCUCAGCACAGGCAUUCGGGCUGUCGACCAUUGCGUGGAGACGCUUUGCUCGCUCCAGUCUAAUACGGAGGGCGAUGAGUGGGCUGCCCGGGGCCUGCCAAAGCUGAUCAACGGCCUUCUUCUGAGCAAGUCUGACCCUGCCUCGUUGGAUGCUCGUAGACUGUGCCACGAUGGGGUCGUAGAGGCCAUGUGUGCCGUGUCGCAGGGUGUGCCUCUUGGUGCUAGUCAUGCCAUCGGGCACCAGCUUGGACCUUUGGGGGUGGGACACGGAGAGACGAGUUGCAUUCUGCUCCCGGCUGUUUGCAAGUAUAAUCUGGCGCACAAGGCCAAUGUUGAGCGGCAGCAGUUUGUGAAAGACUUGCUUCUUCAACAGAAGGCAGUCGACUAG